UUUAGAAAAUGUACACAAGCCAUGAAGACAUUGGGCAUGACUUUGAGGACGACGCCAAAGACAAGAAGAGACGGAAGCCCCACCCCGACAUCGAUGGCGGAUGGGCCUGGGUGAUUGUCCUGUCGUCUUUCUUUGUGCACGUCCUCAUCAUGGGCUCCCAGAUGGCCCUGGGAGUCCUCAACUUGGAGUGGCUUGAAGAAUUCCACCAGAGCCGUGGCCUCACCGCCUGGGUCAGCUCCCUCAGCAUGGGCAUCACCUUGAUCGUGGGGCCUUUCAUUGGCUUGUUCAUCAACACCUGUGGGUGCCGCUGGACGGCGAUCAUCGGCGGAGUGGUGAACGCCCUGGGCUGGGUGCUGAGCGCCUACGCUGCCAACGUGCACUACCUCUUCUUUACGUUCGGCGUGGCAGCUGGCUUCGGGAGCGGCAUGGCCUACCUGCCCGCCGUGGUCAUGGUCAGCAGGUAUUUCCAGAAGCGCCGCGCGCUGGCGCAGGGCCUCAGCACCACGGGGACGGGGUUUGGCACCUUCCUGAUGACGGUGCUGCUCAAGUACCUCUGCGCCGAGUAUGGGUGGCGCAACGCCAUGUUCAUUCAAGGCGCCCUGUCCUUGAACCUGUGUGUGUGCGGGGCGCUCCUGAGGCCCCUGGCAGCCGGCCCCGCUAGAGGAGAGCCCGCAGGCAAGGGGGCGCCGGCCCCCCAGGCUCGCUCCCCCGAGGAGUCGGUGCGGGCAGCCGGGCAGCCGGCCAGGGCCGAGGAGCUGGACGGCGCGCCCGCCAGCAAGGCAGCCCUGGGUGACGGGCAAGCCCUGGAGAGCGAAGGCCAGGCCCGGCCCCGGAGGGACAUGCGCGCCCUCCGCGUCCUCAAGACCUUGAGUCAGCUCACUCUGCGGGUCCGGGAGGGCUGCGGAGACUGGUAUGCGGGCUACUUUGGGACGGCCUCGCUGUUCACCAACCGAAUGUUCCUCGCCUUCGUCUUCUGGGCCUUGUUUGCCUACAGCAGCUUCGUCAUCCCGUUCAUCCACCUCCCCGAGAUCGUGCGCCUGUACCACUUAUCGGAGCAGAACGACGCCUUCCCGCUGACCUCCAUCAUAGCCAUCAUGCACAUCCUCGGGAAGGUGAUUCUGGGCAUCGUCGCCGACCUCCCGUGCAUCCGCGUCUGGAACGUCUUCCUGGUGGCCAACUUCUCCCUGGUCACCAGCAUCCUCGUCCUGCCGCUGAUGCACACCUAUGCUGGCCUGGCUGCCGUCUGCGCUCUGAUCGGGUUCUCCAGCGGCUAUUUCUCCCUGAUGCCCGUGGUGACCGAGGACCUGGUCGGCAUCGAGCACCUGGCCAACGCCUACGGCAUCAUCAUCUGUGCCAACGGCAUCUCCGCGCUGCUGGGCCCACCUUUUGCAGGGUGGAUCUACGACAUCACACAAAAAUACGAUUUUUCCUUCUAUAUAUCUGGUUUGCUUUACAUGGUAGGAAUACUCUUUUUACUCGUCCAGUUGUGUCUUCGGCUUAUGGCACAGUCCAGAAAAAAACAGGUGGCGGGUGCCCAUGUAUAGUGCCCUGUGGUGUUUCAGGCACGACUGCUUUGAGAUGCUCAUGCCUACCUCUCGUGGUCCUGCAAGGAGCCUGUGACGAACUGAACCGCGGGCAAGGACUUUGUGCAAGUUCAGAAGUUCAUUGUUCUAGGGAGCUGCUGACUCACGGGUGUAACGCAAAGUCGGGCUUUAAGUUCGAAGGCCAAGUUAUUUCGUAUAAUUACAAAACUGCUGUUUAUAUUUUUCUGAGAGACUUCAGCAGCGAGGGGAUGCCAUUUACACCCCUUCCCUCCGGAAAGGCCUGCCAUCCAUCGUCAUUCAGUAUUGUCCAGUUAGAACCAGAAUCCUGACACCACACACCUUCCCCAAUAAGUAGCAUCACCAAGCCGGCCCAUGAAAGCUGAUUUAUGCACAUGGCCAUUGAACCGAGGGCUAUUGGGUCAAGCACUUUCAUUCCUUAUCAUCGGUCUCUGUCGUAGGAUAGACAUAUGCUCUUGGAGCCUCUGAGCUAUUUGCUUGCUUGCUUGCUUCAUUCUUGCCUAUUUCUUCUUUCCUUUCUCCCUCUUUCUACUUUCUCUUUCUCCUACCUGAUCGGUUGAUGGAGAACCAACUGCUGGUUGGCACAUGGCACUGGUGCCUGCCAUCUGGAAAGCAUAUCGCCAGUCCUGACUGCAUUAUGGAGGGGGGUGGGGGGGUGGAAGCCCCACCAUAUGCACAGCCACGCUGAAGUCAUGGUUACAACGCACUCCUUUCCAGCUUCAAAAAGUGUGUGGACGUUUUCCAUCGUCUUUCCGGUCUGUUUCCCCCACAGACUUCCUGAAGCCCUUUGCGCAGACUUCAUUUAUAGGGGCAUGUGCCCAGUUUUCAAAAGCUCUUCUCUUGAUUGAGUUCAGACAGAAGAUCCACGCCAUGUAGUGCGUGGCGCGCCAACAAACACACGUCCUUCACCUGAGAUGUUUAUUUUUCUAAGCAACCUCCCCAACACACACCCACCCACUGCCACCCCUACCCCUGCCCACAGAUUGCAGAUUAUUCUUCCGGGAGUCACUCGGCAAUUUCUGGCUGCCUGACUUGUUGACAUGGAUCAUAGAGCCUUUUCUAUUCCUGUUCCUCCUUUUUCUCAACAAACACACACACACACAUACCCUCGAAUCAGCAUGGCUGGUUUCUUGGGCCAAAUGUAUCUGAGGUGAACAUGAACCUAGGUCCCUACAUGAUCCUAGGAGCCGGGGUCCCAGAAUGAUGCCCCAGGUGAGGUUGGAGCAAGCAGUUUCCUGUUUGACUUCACCAAGAGCUUCCAGGCUGCUGACGAGAUUAUGACACUCAUAAAUAA